GUUAUGAUGUACAUGAAAACGUAAGCUGUAAAAUCUGGUUUUCGUUUACAUACGAAAUUGCGGAAGAUAUAUCGAAGAAAAUUCUUAAAAUUACUUAUCACGCUUACUUAAAUUUGUAUACAAUAAAAAAAAUUUUUAUCAAUAUUAUUUUAUGCACUGAUUUUCUUGUCACGUAUUUAUUACGAUUUCUAGUACAGCUAAAUUCGAAAUGUUAACAAACGAAGAAGGAGACGAUAAGAUUUGUUUGGACGAAACCGAGCAUACAAAAUUAUUCGAGUGUUCCUCGAAAAUGCUUGUCCAUCGUAAAAGUACUGACACGAUGUCCCCGUUGUAAUAUACAUAUAUAUAUAGGGAUGCUUCUGAGGAAAGCGCCUCAGUUCUUUGGAGAACGUCUUUAGGUGAGCACCGCUAAUUUGAUGUCACGAAAUAUAUACGAUUCUGAUUUUAUGAAAAAUAAUAAUUGAGAAAAAUGUUGGGAUUCAUUAUACUUGCAACACUCUUUGCUUUAUCAACGGCACAGUUCCAAUCUACUGGGAGAAUUUUGGAACCACCAGUUCCUGCUCUUUGCGCUCAAAGAAUUAUUCAUGAACGCUUUAACGGCAAAGGUUAUUAUUACUCGUGGGCUGAUCCCAGAACAAAUGGGCAAGAAGUUGAUUGGUUGGCAGGGAGAAACUUUUGUAGACAAAGAUGUAUGGAUCUUGUAUCUUUAGAAACUUCAGCAGAAAACGAGUUCAUCAAGAGUCGCAUUGUUCAAAAUAAAGUGAAAUAUAUUUGGACAUCUGGUCGUCUUUGUGAUUUCAAAGGUUGCGAUAGGCCUGAUCUUCAGCCCCUUCAUGUUAAUGGUUGGUUCUGGACAGCUGAAUUACAGAAACUUGCACCGACUACCGAUCGGUCUCAGAAUGACUGGUCAGAAAGUGGCGGUAUUGGAAAACCUCAACCUGAUAAUCGUGAAGCUAUUCAACAAGGAGGUGCUCCAGAAAAUUGUUUAGCCGUACUUAAUCAAUUUUAUAAUGAUGGAGUAAACUGGCAUGAUGUUGCUUGCCAUCAUAAAAAACCAUGGGUUUGCGAAGAAAAUGAUUCUCUACUAAAAUAUGUUCACUUCACUAAUCCUAAUAUCCGCAUCUAAUAUCAAUACAAAAUACAAAGAAAAGUAGCUGUAGUAACUUAAUCACAAAUUGAAUAAUUCUAUUUAAACAAAUACCAAACUUUUUGUCUACUUAGAGGACAAUUAUUUGUGCCUUCACUAUCUCUAUACAGGUGUUGCAUGACUUAACUGUUAAAGUAAGGGUAAGAGAUAUCAAAGGUGACUGUCUCUUUGUCAGCCGUUUUCAUGUUCCUUUCUUAUCAUUCUCUUUUCUUGUUAUCUUACUCUGAUAGAGUACAUCCUAGGGAUGACUAUGGGUAAUUAGUUUCAUUCGAUAUCAUGUAAGAGAUCAUCUGCCAUUUUCUUGUACCAGUAUAGAAUGUUAUUUACUGUAUUGUAUUUAUACUUGUUUUAGUAUGUUUGGAGACUACAAUAUUUAUGUUAUAAAGAUAGCCUUAUAUUUUUAAAGAUGUCUUUACUUGUGCUAACUUACAAUUUGUAUAUUGUAAAUGAUAAUAAACACAUUAUUUAUAUUUCUUCUUACAAA